AUGGCGGAAACUCAAUCCCCACGCAUCGCAAUUCUGCCCAGCCCGGGGAUGGGCCACCUCAUCCCGCUCGUCGAGCUAGCCAAGCGCCUCGUCAACAACCACAACCUCUCCGUCACUUUCAUCGUCCCCACCGCCGACGGCCCUCCCCCCGCCGCCGUGAAAUCCGUCCUCGACUCCCUCCCCUCCCCCGCCGUCGAUUACGUCUUCCUCCCACCCGUCUCCCUCUCCGACGUCCCCCCGGACGCCAAGAUCGAGACAAUCAUCUCCAUCACCGUCGCCCGCUCCCUCCCUUCCCUCCGCUCCACCCUCUCCUCCGCCAGCCGCCGCUUCUCCGCCCUCGUCGUCGACCUCUUCGGCACCGACGCCUUCGACGCCGCCGUCGAAUUCGGCGCCGCGCCGUACAUCUUCUUCCCUUCCACCGCCAUGGCGCUCUCUCUGUUCCUCCAUCUCCCCAAGCUCGACGAAUCGGUCACUUCCCCUUAUUCAGAUCUAGAGGAGCCGGUUCAAAUACCCGGAUGCAUACCCAUCCGGGGCUCCGACCUUCUCGACCCGGUUCAGGACCGGAGCAACGACGCCUACAAGUGGCUGCUCCACCACUCCAAACGGUACCGUUUGGCAGAGGGCGUUAUGGUGAACAGCUUCCCCGAAUUGGAGCCGGGGCCAAUUAAAUAUCUCCGAGAAAAGAUUCAGCGACCGCCGGUCUACCCGGUCGGGCCGUUGGUCAACAUGGGCGAAAUCCAGACCAGAUCCGAUUCUUGCCUGGACUGGCUAGACCGCCAGCCUCACGGUUCGGUCCUAUUCGUGUCGUUCGGGAGCGGCGGGACCCUCUCGUACAACCAGGUCACCGAGCUGGCCACGGGGCUCGAGGCGAGCGGGCAGCGGUUCCUGUGGGUGGUUCGCAGCCCGGACGAGCGCACCGCGAACGCCUCGUUCUUCACGGUCCGGUCCGAGAGCGACCCGUUCCCGUUCCUGCCCGAGGGGUUCCUGGACCGGACCAGGGACCGGGGGCUCGUGGUUUCGUCCUGGGCCCCACAGGCCCGGGUGCUGAGCCACGGGUCCACGGGAGGGUUCCUGACGCACUGCGGGUGGAACUCGACGCUCGAGAGCGUGGUGAACGGGGUCCCGCUGAUCGUGUGGCCGCUGUACGCGGAGCAGAAGAUGAAUGCGGUGAUGCUGGCGGAGGACAUCAAGGUGGCGUUGAGGCCGAGGAAGGGGGAGGAUGGGUUGAUUGGGAGGGAGGAGAUCGCCGGCGUGGUGAGGAGGUUGAUGGAAGGGGAAGAAGGGAAGAAGGCGCGUUAUCGGAUGAAGGAAUUGAAGGAAGCGGCGGCGAGGGUUGUGAUGACGGCUCCGGAAGGUUGUUCGAGCAAGGCGCUGUCGGAUGUGGUCCAGAAGUGGCGGCAGGACCAGAAGUGUAACUAUAAUUAG